UUUCCUUCUUACAAAAUCCAAACCUCCUAUUUACCCGACCAACUCAUUCUUUUGUGUUUGAAUCAGGUUGAGUUAUAUGAAUUAGUCUAAAAUAUGUGCACCUCUAAUUUCUCUUAUACCAUACAACCUAUAAAUUUACAUUUUUGUCACUAUCAAUCUAGAUCAAGAUCUUCUAUCCUCCACAGAACAAGAAAUAACACAUCAAAUAUCGAUGAUCUAAUCUCUUCGAAGACCAAGCACUCUCAGGCCAGGUGUCUCACAUCGUAUUGUAUCAAGUACUGACUCAUACGUGGCAGUCCUUCCAGUUCCACGUGUCUUCAACAUGAAAGUCCUCAACCCAACCCCUUGAAUCAAGGGCCUUGAUCCAAUCCAAUCAUCCUAAUCCUAAGCUAACUUAAACUUUUCUUCAGAGCAUGUCCCCUGAGUAACAUUUGUCAGAUGCAGAACCAUCCCACGUAGCACCACCCAUUAAAUCUCGUACCACAUGUCCUCCUCCAUGCAAACCCAACCACGACCAACCUCCUCGAACCGCCAAUACUUCUCCAUUUAAAUCCCUCAAGCACACACAUUGAAACACCAUUUCCUAUCUACAUUGUUCUCAAACACAGAAACCACUGCUUCAAAAUUUCUUUGAGAGUGUAUUCGAUUUGAAACAACAACAACAACAACAUGGCGUCUGAGCAGUUAUCUCGCAGAGAGAACACCACCAGCGAGAGAAAGAUUCAAGUUGAGAAGGACAGGGUCCCCAAAAUGACCACCCACUUCGAGCACCUCUCCUUGCAAGGCAAUAAGCCUCCGCAGGGGAGCAUAGAAGCCUUACAGGGCGGUGAACUUGGCAAAGACAACGCCGGGAAAGCCAUCGGCGACGUCGGCGGACGUGGCAAAGCAAGAGAAACACACGAACUGGGAGCACAAUUCGAGUCCAUUGCUGACAAAGUGAAGGACGAAGACCGCACCGAGAAAAAACAGAGUGGCGCUGCAAAUUUCGUUCAGGGUGGUGCAGGAAUAGAGGAUCGUGGCGGUGUUCGUGACAUGGGGAAGUUCGAAUUGAAACCAGAAGGGAACGCAGGUCUAGUGGGUCCAGAUAGAACCAAAGACAGAGAAGUACUCGAAAGAAGAACCAGAGUGAUAACCGGAGGAACAGAGGAUAAAGAAAAAAACAGAGCAAUGGAGAAAAACAGAGCACUUGAGAAAGGGCAAGUAGUGGCGGAGAAAGGAAGAAUGAAAGAGGGAGAAGGAAGAGUUGGGGCUGAAAAUAUCCCUGCAGGGAUGACAAUGAGAUUCAAUAGAACUGGUGAGAAAGGAGAAACUGGAAGAGAAGAAAAAUCAGAGAAGGAAAGAGAACAGAGUGAAAAGUCUUACUUGGAAGAACUCUCCAAGUACAGAGCACAAGCUCAGCAGAAAUCAAACGAUGUGAUUUCUGCUGCUCAAGAGAGAUACGAGAGAGCGAAGCAAGCAACGAACGAGGCACUGAGCAGCACAACGCAAACCGCGCAAGAGAAAACAGCACAAGCAAUGGAAAAAGCAUCACAAGCAAAGGACACAACACUUGAGAAGGGGCAACAGGGUUACGUAGCGACCAAAGACACGCUGUCCAGCGCGGCGAAAACCGCGGCGGAGUACACUGCUCCGGUGGCGGAGAAGGCAAAAGGGUACACCGCUCAGGCUGCGGAGAUGGCAAAGUCUGCAGGCGGCACCACGGUUCAGUUCGUGGGAGAGAAUGCGGUGCAGGCUAAGGAUGUGACUGUGGAGACUGGGAAGACGGCGGCCGAGUAUGCUGGGAAGGUGGCGGCGGAUUUGAAGGACAAGGCCACGGCGGUGGGGUGGACUGCGGCGAAUUACUCUGCUGAGUUGACGGUGGAGGGGACUAAGGCUGCGGCGAAUGUUGUGGAGGGAGUGGCAGGGUAUGCAGGUCAUAAGGCGGCUGAGCUUGCUUCUAAGUCGGUGGAUACUGUUAAGGGUUUGGCUGCUGCUGCUGGUGAGACUGCUAAGGAGUACACUGCAAGGAAGAAGGAGGAAGCACAGAGGGAAUUGGAGGCCAAAAAAGCUGCACAACAACAGGAAGUUGAGCAAAGGCCAUCAGAGGGUAUUGGGGAAACUGUAAGCCAAUAUGCACAAAAGAUGAUGCCAAGUGGAGAAAGCACUCAGAGGAGCCAAGCACAAGGUAGUACUGGCAAUCAAGAGGGGAUGGGGAGCAAUGUAAUGAAUACCAUUGGAGAAACUGUGAGCAAUGUUGGGGAGAAGGUGAAGAAACCAUUUGAAAACAUCGCUGGAAGCCAAGCACAAGGCAGUACUGGUAAUCAAGAGGGAAUGGGGAGCAAUGUGUUGAACACCAUUGGAGAAACAGUGGGCAGUGUCGGGGAAAAGGUGAAGAAGCCAUUUGAAAACAUCACUGGAGCAGGAAGGAAGGGAACUGAGAGUACUGACCAAAGUGCAGGGGGGAAGGUAAGUGAGACAGUGAAAAAGAGUGGUGAGAACGUGAAGAAACCACUAGAGAACAUCACUGUAGGAGGAACAGAGGUUUUAGGAGCAGUAGGUGAAACUGUGGGUGAGAUUGGGAAAAACUUGAUUAAAUCAGCAGAGAAAGUUCAGGAACAUGGUCAAGUUCAACAAGGACAAGAGGGUGGUGUGCUGGAUGCUAUUGGUGAAACCAUAGUAGAGAUCGCGCAGACAACUAAAAUCAUUGUUGCUGGUGAGGGGGAAAGAGAGUCAAGGAAACAUAACAUUAUUGGGUCAGAAUCUCGCUCAAGUUCUGAUCGUGCCAAGCAUGAAGGUGUUGAUCAAUCACCAAAGAGUGUUUAAAUGAGUGGGAACAGUUUGUUAAUUCCAUGGAGGUUUAGUAACAUGUCAUGUUCAUGCUUAGCUGUAAGUGCAAGUUCCAUGUUUUGGGUCUGUUUUAUGGAGUUGUGAAUAAGAAUCUCUUUUUUGAGAUUUGUCAACAGCAGUAAAAAUAUGUAAUGUUUUGUUGUAAGCAAUGCAAGUGGAGUUUCAUGUACACAUACAAUUUGGUGCAGUUGUAUUUAACAGUAUAUUCAAUAUUACUAUACUAUGA